CCCCCCCUAAAAUUUUUGAUCUCCCUCCUCCCAUCCCUUCCCCACCAAAUCCGGCGGGCCAAACCCUAGCGAAGCCGAUCGCCAUUUCCCCGGCGGCGAGGGGGUUGGAGAGCGCCGCCAUGAGCCGCCGCCGUACCGGCAACGGGCAGGCGCAGGCGCUCAUCGACCUGGACAGCGACGCUGAGGACGAGUGCCAAAACAAGCGUUCUCGAACAAGUAGAACGGCAGCAUUGAAGACGCCUGGGAGAUCCAAUCAUGUAUUACCUUCCUUUUACGAUAACCUUCCCCAAAACAGAAGCUCACGCAUUGCAACUAGCAGGAGGGACAAGGCAAAUCAAGACAAGUUGAAUACUGAUAUUUUUGAAUUAUACAUGGAGGAUCUCUGGAAGCACAUUGAUGAAGACAAGAAGAGUGCUUAUGCGUACUUUGAUUCUUUAUGGUUUAACAUGUAUUACUGUGGGCGGAAUAUACCCAAUGUCCUUAAAUGGAUAAAGGCUAAGAGAAUAUUUUCAAGACAAUAUGUUUUUGUUCCUAUUGUUUGUUGUGGACACUGGAGCCUCCUUGUCUUAUGCCACUUUGACAAGGCAAAUUGCUCAGAUAUUAAGAAAGGACCACGCAUGAUAGUGCUGGACUCACUUAAUACGACAGAUCCGACAAGGUUGCAAUCAGCCAUCAGAAAAUUCAUUGUUGACAUUUACAAAACUGAAGAGCAGGAAGAAAGCAAGCAGUUCAUAAACAAAAUCCCUCUCGAGUUUCCCAAGGUGCCACAGCAAAAUGGGGAUGAAUGUGGGAUUUAUGUUUUAUAUUUCAUCCAGUGCUUUCUUCAAAACAAAAAACUGGCAGAAGUUCUUGAAAGUAAAAAAUUGGAAGAAGAUUUCACCCAGCUGCUUGAUGAUGGCUGGUUUAAUCCAGAGGAACUAGAGAACUUCCGCAAGGAUAUCCAUUCAUUCCAAGCGAAUCGGAAUAGCAAAAUUGCAGAGUAGUGUAGCUAGCAAGAUGGUGCCAAGUAUAUAAGUUGGUACCAUCAUCAAAUAUCAUAGUAUAUACAAAUUGCUGAGUUUCAUCUUCACUGGCAGCUCAUUGAGGAAAUUUGAAUCAAAUUGCUGAGUUUCAAUUUCCCUGGCGGCUCAUUGAGGAAAUUUGAACAUUGUUCGAGAAUCUGUUGUAGUGCAGGUUUAUGCAUGGAAGAGGGAGACUUAUGCUUGCCCGGGCAUAGAGCUUCGCUGACAGAUAGUACCUGGUUGUGCAGACUCUUGGUGUUCCCUUUCCUCAAAAGAAGCUUAGAUAUUACUAGAUUUAUCGUAUUCAAGCAAUUGAACGUGGUAGCUGUACAUUAUAUCAGGAACUACUAGGUGAGAUUACUAUCACCCUUUGGGAUAUAUUUUAGCAGGGGUGCAUUCCAUGUACUAGUGUAUGUAUUCGCACACUAGAGAUGUAUGAGACACCUUAAAUUUCUGGGUAAUACAGUUAUAGUCGCGUACUUUGUUGUGCUGAAA